AUGGCUCAACCUGAAUCCGAUGUACAUGCCGGCGAAGUAUUGGUCGGUAUUGACGACGAUGAAGAAAAAGCCCGCACCAUUGCAGAAAAUGAUCUGCAAGGCUCACGCAAGCAAGCAAGCAUGGUACUUCUGUGGCUCAGCUUCCAAGCUACAGGCGUCAUCUAUGGUGACAUCGGUACCUCGCCUCUUUACGUCUACUCGUCCACUUUCUCGGCUCAGCCUUCUUGGAACGACCUCGUCGGCGCUCUCUCGAUUAUCAUAUGGUCUCUGACUCUCAUCGUCACCGUCAAGUACUGCUUCAUCGUUCUCAGUGCCGAUGAUGAUGGGCAGGGAGGGACAUUUGCUCUGUACAGUCUCUUGGCGAGAUAUACAAAUAUUUCAAGACGAGAUCCGAGGGCAAUACCCGGUACUCGACUGCAGCGGUUCGAAACCGGUGAUCUCAAGACUGGUGGCAGGAGUCUCCGUGAGCUUCUUGAGAAAUCUCGGACGAUCCAAUUCUUCUUGCAAUUUAUCGGCGUUUUGGGUGUCUCCAUGGUUAUGGCUGAUGGCGUGCUGACCCCAGCUCAGUCUGUCCUAGGAGCUAUCCAAGGAAUAAAGGUCGCCAAUCCACACCUAGGAACCUCUGCCAUUGUCGGUAUCUCGUGCAGCAUACUUGUUGUACUUUUUCUCAUCCAGCCAUUUGGCACAUCCAAGAUCGGUACCAUGUUUGCUCCAAUUGUCGUCAUCUGGUUACUGUUCAACCUAUGCGCUGGUAUCUACAACCUCGCUGUUCACGAUUACACUGUCCUCAAGGCAUUCAGCCCGCACUUUGCUUUCUCAUACCUCGUGCGCAACGGACACGAGGGCUGGAAAUCUCUAGGCGGUCUGCUAUUGGCCUUUACAGGCGUCGAGGCCUUAUUCGCGGACCUAGGAGCAUUCAGCAAACGUGCAGUGCAACUUUCGUGGGUGUGCCUGACUUAUCCUUGUUUGCUUAUCGCAUACAUAGGACAGGCCGCGUAUAUAUCUCACGACAAGACAGAGCAAGCUUUCACUAACCCCUUCUUUAAUACGGUGCCUCCAGGUACUCUGUAUUUUAGCUUAGUAAUCGCCAUCCUCGCAGCCGUUGUUGCUUCGCAAGCCAUGAUAACUUCGACCUUUCAGCUUCUUACACAAAUCAUGCGACUCUCAUACUUUCCUCACAUUAAAGUCAUCCAUACUAGUCAGACCUUUCACGAGCAGGUCUAUAUGCCAAUGGCAAACUGGCUGCUCAUGAUCGGUACAGUCAUCAUCACAGCGGUUUACAACAAUACCACUUCCCUUGGCAACGCAUAUGGUGUCUGCGUUAUCACCGUCACUUUUAUUACGACGUGCAUGGUUUCUCUUGUCGCAACCCUCGUCUGGAGACUUCCUGCAUAUGUAGUUGUGCCCCUCUGGCUGGUCUUUGCCAGUUUAGAUGCUGCCUUUUUAUCGUCAGUCUAUGAGAAGGUCCCGGAGGGCGCAUGGUUCACCCUCCUUCUAGCCUUUAUUCUCUCUUGUCUCUUUACCCUGUGGCGUUUCGGGAAAGAGUGCCAGUGGGAAGCAGAGUCUCAAGAUCAACUCACACCCCAAGCGCUCUUGUUUCCUACCACUGCCACGAAAGGCCCCGUGGCUUUAGCGUCUACAUUUGGUGGAACACCUAUCUCUACUGUUCCAGGCCUGGGGAUAUUCUUCGACAAAUCUGGCAUCGCCAAUACCCUUCCUCCUUCUUUCUUCCAGUUCGUCAUCAAGUUCGCCGCGCGACCUGCAGUUGUUGUUCUCUUCAACAUGCGCCCCCUCCCGGUACCUACAGUCCCGUUGACUGAUCGAUAUAUUAUCAGACGUGUCUCUGAGAUCGAUUCGUGCUAUGCUGUUACACUACGCCAUGGCUACACAGACAACAUUUUAUAUCCGGGUCUCGCUCAGGAUGUUGUUCAACAGAUUGCGAUUUCCAUCGCAAAGGGGCCACGCAAUGACAUCACAGCUGCCGAGCUAGACAUGAUGAAAUCUGCACGGAACCUUCCAAUUGUUUACAUCCUUGGUAAAGAGACGAUGAAGAUCUGUUGGCCAAGUGGUCUAUCCCUCAAGUCCCAUCUCCGCUCCUGGCUGCUAUGGAGUUUUCUUUGGCUUCGAGAAAACUCUCGAGCUAAGCUUGCUGAUCUUGACAUUGACGCCGACAAGGUCGUCGAGGUUGGAUUCAUCAAAGAACUGUAG